ACAGUAGCAUCAGGAGCUAGCUGGGAACGCACGGGAUCGCCGCUUACAGUGACUCGAACUGCCAUUUUUCUCCUCCUUCCUCUCCGCUCUUACCCAAACCAUCGAGGAAAGGAUGGUGAGAAGCUAUUGGUCAAGACCAAAAAGAGGAAAAUAAAAAUGAAGAGAACUUUUACUGAAUCAAUUGCAGUCAGCGAAUCUUCUUCUGAAUUUGAGAAGGGACUUGAAAUCCAGGAAGGAAAGGUUGGUGAGAGGCUAUUGGCCAAGGCCAAAAAAAGGAAGAUAAAAGAAAAUAGAACUUCUGAUGAAUCAAUCGGUGCUUGUGAAUCUCCUGAAUUUGAAAAGGGGCCAAAAACCCAGAAAGUAAUAAAGGACGGUGACAGGCUAUUGGGCAAGACCAAAAUCAGGAAGAUAAAAGAGAAUAGAGCUUCUAAUGAAUCCAUAAGUGUCUAUAGAUCUUCUGAAUUUGAAAAGAAACCUACAACUCCGAAAGUAGGAAAGGAUGGUAAGAGGCUAUUGGCCAAGGACAAAAAGAGGAAGAUAAAAAUGAAUAGAAUUUCUGAUGAAUCAAUUGGAGCUUGUGAGUCUCCUUCUGAAUUAGAAAAGGCACCUAAAAUUCAGAAAGCUGGAAAGGAUGAUGAGAGGCUUUUGGUCAAGCAUAAAAAGAGGAAGAGAAAAGAGAAUAUAAUUUCUGAAGAAUCGGAUAGAGCCUGUGAAUUUACCAUUGAAUUUGAGAAGGAACCUAAAACUCAGAAAGGUCGAAGAUCAACAAAGGUCGAUAGUUGGCAAAACCCAAUCCAGUUAGAAAUAUUGAAUGAGAUUGACAGCUCUAUAGAGCCUGAUGUCAUUACAAAUGAAUUGAAGACCAAAACUAGGAAGUUCAAGAAGAAUCAUAAAGACAAAAAGAAGCCUCUCACAAAUGUCAAAGAAAGUGACAUUGAAGAGGUUGAAAGUGUUGUUGAUGAAAUCCCCUCAGUUGAUGAUGAUUGUACCAGAGGAAUGAAAAAAUGGCUUACACAAUACAAAGAAAGCAGACCAGGCUUAAAAGUGCUUCAACAGAGAAUAGAUGAAUUUGUGACAGCUCAUGAGGAACGGCUGGAACAGGAGAGGAAAGAAAGGGAAGCUCUUGCUGCUGAAGAUGGAUGGACUGUUGUGGUGCACCAGAAGGGCAGAAAGAAAACAACUGAUGCUGAAACUGGUACAGCUGUGGGAUCCGUGGCGCCUGCUGCUGUGAUGGAUAAGAUAUCUAAAAAGAAAAAUAAAGAAAUUGCACUAGAUUUCUACAGAUUUCAAAAACGGGAAGCUAAGAGGAAUGAGGUUAUGAUGCUGCAGAGCAAAUUUGAGCAAGACAAGAAACGUAUACAGCAGUUGAGAGCUGCGAGGAAGUUCAGGCCUGGCUGAACUUUUCCUCUGGAGCAUUUCAGUUCUUCCCAGAAAACGAAACUUCUGAUAACUUCUCCCAAAGGUUGAAUUCAGAACUGAGAUUUUCAUUUUUAUACAUUUGAAAUGAUGUCCGCGUCGGCAGGGCUCAUUUUAAUAACAAAUAAUAUUCAAUUUUGUUUUUAUUUGAAUUUUCUGGAUUUUUUUUGUUUUUUUACUUUAUGCCUAAUUUAAUGGAGAAAAUUUUCUGUUCGGGCUCUGGAUGUAGCUACGUGCGGACUUCAAUAAUAUACCG